GUCCGGAGGGCGAUGAGUCAAAAAAAAUCCAGCAACACUCGCUGGUUCGGUCGAGUCAAGUCCUAUGAGCCUGGCAAUGGAUAUGGCUUCAUCGAGUGCGCUGAGGCAUAUGAGGAGUUUGGUCGAGAUGUGUAUUUAAAUGGGCAUGAGCUCAGGAAGCUAGACAUCAAGACCAUCCCGGUUGGUGCAGAAAUCGUGUUUCAGCUGGACGUUCGUGAAGGUCAGCCCCGCGCAACAAACCUGGUCCUGCCAAGCCCGAAGCAGUGCGAGUGUAUGUUGUUCGAGUACACCGAGGUGUUGUGCAAGCUCUCUGAGCUGUUGAGGCUCCAUGAUUCAACCCAGGUCUCCUACAAUGCUCUGAGAGAGGCUGAGGACAUGCUCCAAUGCAAGGAAUGCCGUAGGGAUGAAUCUACUGAGGGUGCCAAAGUCCUCCUGUUGCUGUCCGAAGCUCGACAGAGGUGGGCAGACGAGAAUCAUCCCUGUCACGAAGCUCUUCGCGAAGGACUGCUGAAGAGGCUGUCCAAACCACCAGCGCAAGCUGUGGAGAUGUCCAUUGACCGGGUGCGAUUCACACAACAAAACCACAGCAAGCGGUUUCUGCAUGGACCCCAUGAAGGGCAACGGAUCGAGUGGCUGACAGGCCAGUUGCUUUCAGGAAAGAUCCCAUUCAGCGAUCCAUCAAUGGUACUGAAUGUGGUAUAUUAUCACGGUGCCUAUCGUUCAUUGAACAACCGGCACUUGACUGCAAUCGUGCAGUAUGCCCAUGCAGUGGAGACCCAAAACCGUGUGCCCAAGAAGUGCUACGUGCGAGUUUGGCCGUUGCUACGUGGCCUGCUGAUGGAUGAUGGUUCCAACCAGGAAAUCAUUCGCAAGUUCUUGCGCGCCAAUGACUCCGCCAGUGAUGGUACCAGCAUCGACUGCAAGCGUCGCAUUGGACGGUCAACGCAGGUGAGCCAAGACGUGCAGAUCCACGUGUCCAACUUGGAUCGAACCGUCCAGGAGCCACAGCUGAUGGAACAUUUGCUGAAAGCAGGGGCUGAACCCUUGAGGGUGUCAAUUGCCAGGCGUUCCAGUGGCCGUUCCAAGGGCGAAUCCAAUUGCUAUGGAUGGGUGACCUUCAAGGAUGCUGAGUGUGCAGAGGAGUUUUUGCAAAUGCCCAUUCCACCUUUGGAAGGCAGAGAGCUGAAACUACGGUUGGACAAUGUCUCAGCCAUCAAGCAGUUGAACCCAGGCCCAGGGGUACCAGAAUCAGGAUGGGUACGCUGCCGGGGCUGCUACCAGGCAUGUGAGCCAUUGUUGGAUGUGCUGCUGGUGGAAGGUGUGCGCUUGCGGCGGGACAAUGUUCCACCAGAAAUGUUUGAUCCAUUGCCAACUUUUUUCUGCGUGGGGCCAGAAAAAUCACUCCGCAAUGCUCGGGUCAUUUCUCCACAUCCUGAUGCCCAUGGCACAUCUUUCAAACUUGCACAGGUGCUCUGCAAGACAUGCGGCGCUGACCUUGGCAAUGUUCAGAAAGGUUCAGAGAUGCAAGGUGGUGUAGUAGACCUGCUGGGGGAACGAGUUCUACAUUUGAAGUGUGCCUCUGUCCUCUUGGAGUUGUCUGAUCGCCAAGACUUGCUGCUGGAAGUGCGAAAGUGGCAGUACUUGGCCCAAGUAACAGGAAGAGAGUCGAUCUACAAACUCAGCCACCUGACCAUGCAGGAGGCCACGGAAAAACUGGGCUUGAACCUCAACUCCAAGGUGUCUGACAGGAACACCAAUCGCCAUGCCCGUGUCAUUCCCAACCAGCGCUUGGAGGCUGAAAGCCUGGAGGUCAAGGACACAGACGUGACCUUGGCAGGAUACCCUCCAGCAAAUGAGUGAAAAA